AUGAAGACUGUGCUUGGUGGCCUGGCUGUGCUCUUCAUGGUGUCUCCCACCACCAGCGCCUCUUCGGAAUUGACGUUACAAUGGGUUUUCAACCCAGUGUUUCCAAAUGGCAGCAGCACCUACAUCACAGGCCCCGAGCUGCGCUCGUUUCUGGGCGAUCCCACGGUGGAGUUUGGCACACAACUUCGCUUUUCCUGGACAAACUCACCACAUGGUUUGCUGGAGUUGUCAAGUCAGGCUGCGUUUGAUGCCUGUGACUUGACAGGUGUCGACACGGUUCUGCUUCAAAGCCCAACCACUUCGAGUACCAAUUUGGCAGUGAGCAUGGAUAGGGCCGGACGACGAUGGUUUGUGGACAACUACGCCAGCAACUGUGGUGCAGGCAUGAAGGUUCAAGUUGAUACACUGGGAAUCGGCACAACUUUGCCCCCCACUACAACGACCACUGCACCUCCAGACACAAGCUUUGUUCAGCCGUCUCCUAGCGAUGCCACCAUCGUGACCUGGCAUUGGACCUCCCAGCCACAACCAGAUGUGCAUAUCCCAGAAAAUGGCUUCGUUCGGUUUCAAUGGGACCAGGCGGGUGAUGUCGUGCAUGAAUUUACCAAUGGCCCACAGGAUACUGGCGAUAUUCUCCUCAAUGGCACUUUCUGGAGCAUUGGUUGGCAUUACUUUAUUACAUCAGAUCCUGCUAUCUGUGGCGCAGGCACUCGCGUGCGAGUAUAUGUGAGCCCGGCUGAUGUGCUGUAUUGGGUGACGGUUUGGCCACACGAGGAGGCCCAGACGGAUGGUUUCUUUGAAGUGCAACAGAUGAACGUGGGGUUGGUGUCGGCUGUCAACUUGAUUUUACCACCUGGUGGAGUCUACAAAGCUCAUGCAGUUCGGGUACAACCAGCGAAUCAAGCAACAGACGCUCAGACCUUCUAUUGUGCCUUGGAUCGCUAUGCAUCAUCUAUGACAACUCCUCUCUUUCAGACUUGCGUUGCGCACCGUGAGGUGGAGCCAGAGCUUCCUCCUACAAAUUUGACCCGGCCUGCAUAUGACGAUGGUUGCUUCACCACAGCCGAUGAUGGUUUGGCGGGUUGGGCCGAAAUGACGGCACCGACGCGCUUGCUGGGUUUCGACCAGCUUGAGCGAGUUGUGGGCCGUAACGCUCUCAAUGAGACGAUUGUUUCCCAGGAUGGCGGAAUCACUUGGCAAUAUUCACUCGUAACCGUGAACCUGAUCAAAAAUGCCACAAGCUAUAGCUUCGAUGUGGAGGACCUUCACACCAUCCCCCGCUCAGAAAACACGUUUCACGUCGUGGGCACUGGCAUUGAGUGGGGCGUCACUCCGCAGGGCAUGCAUGUGAAUCACGAUGGAACCUGGAUACUGAGCGCCAUGUGGUCCUGCAGCCUUUCCCAGAGCUUUAAUUCUGAUGUGUGUGUGUGUGUGUGUGUGUGUGUGUAUUGCAUUCACAAGCCAGAAAAGGUAGAAAGUGUCUCCUGA